GCGGUUUGAACGAGACGAAGACGGAACCGGAGCCGCGCGCUGGCCAGUGGACGCGGUUCCACCGAGAGCCGAAGAUGGCAGUGAACGUAUACUCGACGUCAGUCACCAGUGAUAACCUAAGUCGACAUGACAUGCUGGCCUGGAUCAAUGAGUCUCUGCAGUUGAAUCUGACAAAGAUAGAACAGUUGUGCUCAGGAGCUGCAUAUUGUCAGUUUAUGGACAUGCUGUUCCCUGGCUCCAUUGCCUUGAAGAAAGUGAAGUUCCAAGCCAAGUUAGAACAUGAAUAUAUCCAGAACUUUAAAAUACUACAAGCAGGUUUCAAGAGGAUGGGUGUUGACAAAAUAAUUCCUGUGGAUAAAUUAGUUAAAGGAAAGUUUCAGGACAAUUUUGAAUUUGUUCAGUGGUUCAAGAAGUUUUUUGAUGCAAACUAUGAUGGAAAAGAUUAUGAUCCUGUAGCUGCCAGACAAGGUCAAGAGACAGCAGUGGCUCCUUCCCUUGUUGCUCCAGCUCUGAACAAACCGAAGAAACCUCUCGGCUCUGGCAGCACAGCUCCGCAGAGACCUAUUUCAACACAGAGAACUACUGCAGCUCCUAAGCCUGGCCCAGGGAUGGUGCGAAAGAAUCCUGGUGUGGGCAAUGGGGAUGACGAAGCAGCUGAAUUGGUGCAGCAGGUCAAAGUAUUGAAGCUUACUGUCGAAGACUUGGAGAAAGAGAGAGAUUUCUACUUCGGAAAGCUUAGAAACAUUGAAUUGAUUUGCCAGGAGAAUGAAGGGGAAAAUGAUCCUGUAUUACAGAGGAUUGUAGACAUCCUUUAUGCUACAGAUGAAGGCUUUGUGAUACCUGAUGAAGGGGUCCCGCAGGAGGAACAAGAAGAGUAUUAAACAGCCUGGACCAGCAGAGCAACAUCCGGAUUCUUCACUCCAAAUCAUGUGCUUAACUGUUAAAUCUCCCUUUUAUUAUUAGAGGAUUCACUGGUUUCUUUUCAUGAGCAAAAAGUACCUCUUCUUCAAAGUGCACUUUGCAGAAGUUUCACUCCUUUUCCAAUGAGUUUGAGUUAGGAGCUGUGACCUUGUAGCAGAGCAGUAUUAACAUCUAGGUGGUUCACCGGGGUAACAAAGAGGCUGACCGUGGGGCUCACCGUGUGGACGCUGGUCACUGGUUGCUGGAGAAGGUGCUUUUAUGUAAUACACUGAGGUGUAUGUAAAGACUGAAUUGAAUUUUAAGCUAAUGUGAAAUCUUGGCAGAGAACAUUUUAAUAAAUAAAUGCCUUAAGAGUAUUUAAAAUAUGCUUCCAUAUUUCAAAAUAUAAAGUGUAACAUGACAGGAGAUUUUAAGUGUCUGACAUGUGUCUGGGAAGGAAGGGCCAGACUUUGAAACAUUUGGAACCUGCUGCCACGGGCCUUACAGAGCUGCUUGCUCCUCAUAGGCUUUGUCUUUGGCCCAAAAGGAAAGUUGAAAAAGUCGCUCUGUAAAACCAUUGGGUGUCACUGAUCAGUUGCAUCCCUGCUAAAAGCAGGUGGCGGGAUUGCCUGGUGCAUAGAGGUGUGUUUCAGCCCUGAGAUGUUGGAGAUGAAAAGCUCAAUUCUCAUUGAGCGUUCAUCUGGUGAUUUUUUCCAACUAUACCCAAAAUUAUAUAGUAUGUUUUUUGGAAAUUGAGGAAUGUUCAUUUUUUUUAACCUAAUAAGUUAGAGGACUUGCCCACAUCUCUGGGAUUUGAAUGGGCAUUGUGUCCCAUCUUACUGUCUUUUGAGUUUACAUUUAACAUAUUUCUCUUCUCUGCUCCCCUUGACCUCUGGGGAUUCUUCUCUGGCUCCUUCAGUUUGCUGCUGAGCAUUGAAAAUACAGCAGGCAGGUGAUCAUGCUGCAAGUUCUUGCAGGACUUCUGGCAAAGGGAGUGACCAGUGAAGGCCACCACUACCUUGGGAUCUACAAGGCUGGGGUGUCUUCCUUAUCUGCUGUUCACAGCUCUCCAUUGUCACCCGAACACUUUGCCAGUGCACUAAUCUCUUUGGAGAUAAAAUUCACUAGUUUGUUACUAAAUGUUAAUUUUUUUUUUUUUGCAGAAAAUAACAGUACCAUGUCUGAAUUAAGUAUUAAUAUUUAAAAUAUCUCAUUCCUUAACUCUUCUUCAAUUGCUUUGCCCACAGCCUGUUCAGUUCCUUUGUUGGCAGAAUUCUGCAAAAUGUACGUUACCCACUACUGACAUUGUUCAGCCCCUGAUGUGUUUGUAUUGAUUGGUUUCUGGUGGUAGCUUGUCCUAAAAUGUGUGUAGAAAACAGGUAUUUUAUGACAGGAUUGUGUAGUGCAUGCUCUGUGUGGAUUUCAGAGGAAAACCCAGAUUCAGUGAUUAACAAUGCCAAAAAAAUAAUGCAAGUAACUAGCCAUUGUUCAAAUGACAGUGGUGCUAUUUCUCCUUUGUGGCCUUUUAGACUUUUGUUGCCCCUAAAUUCCAUUUUAUUGGGAAUCCAUUUUCCACCUGGUCUUUCUUGACAGGGUUUUUUUCUACUUUAAACAGUUUCUAAAUAAAAUUCUGUAUUUCAA